UCAUCCGCGCUCGUUCUUCCGCCGCGUUCAGUUUAUCCGCGGCUGCCUACGCCAAUAUAUCUUCACGUUCAGGAUGUCGUUGCGGUACCCGAGCCCGUGGUUCCUAAUGAAAAUCGCGAUCGUGGCCAUCUUCUCCACGGUGGUACUUGCACCUGGUGCCUUCGGAAUCAGGAUACCCGACAACCAACAGACCGCUGCCAAAUGGACCGCGAACGGGUUUUACUCCUACCCGCAUCCCAAAGAAAGGAAACUUCUUCCCCAGGAGGUGAUGGUCGAGGUGACCAAUCGUUUGGGGUUGGAGUUAUUGGCAAUACACAACGAAAAUAACGAGAACAACAUCGCGUUAUCACCUUACGGUGCUCUGAGCGUCUUGGUCAUUUUGGGCGAAGGGCUACAAGGUGAUGCUGUUCGAGAAAUCCAAGAUGCUGCGAAGCUACCGAAUGAUAUUUCUGUCAUCCGAGUCGGCUUAAGGGAUAUUCAUAAACAUCUGAAGAGCUAUUUCUUCCCCAAAGAAGGCUUUCUAGCAGGCCUCACUUUGAACCACGAGAACAUCACCUUCAGGCCAGAAUACGAAGACGUCCUGAAGUUCUACGGAUACGACAUCUCAUCCUUUAACAACGCUCUGUUUCCUGACUCUGAGGAUACCACCACAGCGGUUCCUCUGGAAACCACGGCCUCGGCAGCAUCUGCAGCGACUGAUAUGAUGGAUUCAGAUGGAUCUGACACCACGACAGCAUUAGCAACGACAACAAAAGCAGCUGCAACCACCUCCACAGAGACACCAAGUACGACAACCCCACCAGCCAUAAAGUCUGAAACGACCACGGUGACCACAGAACCACCGAAAGUAGAAAGCACGACAGUAACGAUUACAACGACAACGGAGAAACCAACGACGACGACAGCAGUACCAACAACUACCACAACUGCACAACCCACAACAACAACAACUACCACUCAACCUACAACCACCCUGACAACUACUAAGCAACCAAGCACAACCACUCAGGCAACCACAACAACCACAAAGGCCACCACUACGACGACUCAACCAACAACAACCACUACUACACAGCCAGAAACAACUACAACUGAAAUCAAUGAAGAAACCUCCACUGGAAUCCAUAUCGAGUCCGAAGAUGAGACAGAGAUUGUAACAGAGAUCGUUACUGAAUUUUUCACGGAGAUUGUCGAGGAAGAUGAUACUGAAGUACCAGUUACAGAAGAAGGCUCCGCAGCGACUGAACAACCUGAAGCAGACAGCUUAAUUCCAUCGAGCGUUACCGAAAGCACCACCACAUUGGAGUCUGAAACAACGGCUGUGGAUCAACCUACGACCCAAUCGACUGCAGCGAUGGAUACUUCGACGGAAAUGUCAACGCUUUCUAUGACGCAGGUUGCAACAGAGCAGACUGCAGGAGCAGCAAGGGAAGCUAGAUCCAAGGAGGCCAUUAAAAUGGCCCCGCACAAGAAUACUGUGAGGCCGAAGCCAAGGAAACCAAGAUCGGUAAUGGACUACCUGCUAGCGAAAUACUACGACAAUUUCUACGUCCCCGAGGAUCUGAAGGCCGGUACGACCAGGACCUUCUUGCCAUCCGACAAGACAUUCUCCCCAGUGCCUGCAGCACAAGUGCCGGCAAACUUCCUGGUAUACGGCAAGUUCCGGGACUACCACGUAAACUUCAUGCAGUACGACGCGGUGCUGCCGUACUACUUCGUGCCUUAUUUGAGCUGCGUCGCGCUCAGUUUGCCUCUUGACAGCGCCAACUACUACUUGCUCCUGCUCCUGCCGACCAAUGAACGCGGUAUCGACAAGCUGAUACACGAUCUGCGUCUGGGUCCCAGUUUGAAGGAGAUCGUCAGGAAUCUCAGGCAGAGGCAUGUUGUGGCGACGAUACCCAGCUUCACGUUGAAAGGGUUCGUGAAUUUGACGCCCACGCUACAGAGGCUGGGCGUCAGAAGAAUAUUCGAACCACGCCAAGCAGACUUUUCACCAAUGACAAACUACAGGGAGGAUGUUUAUAUAACGAAUAUCGAACAGGCCAUCACAGUUAACAUCAGGAACUAUGUGGAUCCCGGUAUGCUACAGGAGGAUACGGAGUUGAGAAAAAUCGCCCCACUUGAAUUCACCGCAGAUCAUCCUUUCCUGUACUUCGUCAUGGACUCCGAUUUGCACGUGUCUCUCAUGGCUGGAAAAAUAGUGAACCCCACAAACUCCAGGAUCAGAUAAUAUAAAAGAGACAUUGGAUGUACAUUGUAUACUAUAGAUAAGUUUGUACAUAUAAAU